AUGUAUUACGCGAUAGAGAUUGCAGUGAUUGCACUGACAUUGCUCGUACUCUAUAUUUCCUAUUUAAUUUGGAACAAUGUGUCGAAAUUGAAACACAUUCCGGGAACAUGGCAAGUCAUGUUCGCCCCAACGAAAAUUCCUCUUCUCGCUCCCACUUUUUACUUUGGAAAUUGGCAAGAUAUUGCUGAUGCUGUUAAAGAGAAAGGAAAGGAUGGUGUAUUGAGAGUGAGCUAUUAUAAUUUCAAUUCUGUCAUCGUUUCCAACAAGUCGCUGCUCAAGGAAAUAUUUGUGACAAAACAGUCAAGUUUUGACAAACCUGCAAUAGUCUAUGACAUGUUUAAUAUAUUUGGAGAAAAUAUUUUGAGUGCUCUAACCACUGAAGCAUGGAAGAGACAUCACAAAGUUUGCUAUCCUGCAUUUUCAAUUGAUAACUUGAAUUACAUGUGUGAAGAAGCUGUCAAUACUGCAGACUUGUUAUUUUCCAAAGUGUGGAAUGAACGAUUGAAGAAGAAUUCGAAAGAUGGUAAAUCAUUCAUGUUAGAUUUAGAUGACUACUCGAUGAUUACGAUUGAGGUUUUGGGAAGAGCUGGAUUCGGUAUGAGUUUUGGUGUUUUUGAUGAAAACGAUGAAAGUGGAAGACAACUCAGAGAGGCUGUUGAAAUUAUAUUCAAUCGUGGUCUCUUGUUGAGAAGAUUCUUUGCUGACACACUCAUUGAGAAGCCAGUCAUGAACAGUUUUGGAGUCGAUCAUGCAGUAAAUGUGGUGGACACGGCUCUUGGAAAAUAUAUUGACCAAAGAAAGAAAGAACUUGAGCUCGAUUUUGAUAACUUUUCAAAGAGAGAUAUUUUAAGCUUGAUGGUGAAAGCAAACUUGCAGGAAAAGACAUUGACCGAUUUAGAACUCAAAAGCAAUGCAUUUAUUUUCACAGUGGCUGGAGAAGAAACUACUUCAACAACAUUAUUAUGGGUCACUUACGAACUCGCAAAGAAUCCUCACAUCCAAGAGAAAGCUCGUAAAGAAGUUGAAAAUAUUCUUCCAAACAAACAAAAACCAACAUCGGAAGACUUUGACAAAUUGGUCUAUGUGAAUGCUGUGAUUUUGGAAUCUUUGAGACGACAUCCACCUGUAUUCACAGUAUUAAAAAGCGCCAAUAAGGAUGUCACAAUUGGUGAAUAUUUGAUGAAAAAAGGAACUAUGGUUGAAUGUUCAUUCUAUGGAGUUCACAUGGACGAGAACAUUUGGCCAGAUCCACAGAAAUAUGAUCCAGAAAGAUUCAUGGAUUUGGAAUUCAGGAAUAAGGUGCAACAUGAUUUUUCGUUUGUACCUUUUUCCAUGUCUCUGCGUCGAUGUAUUGGCUUCAAAUUUGCUCAGCUUGAGGCAUGUAUGGUGUUGACACGUUUGUUGCAAUUUUAUAGACUAGAAUUAAUGAAUGAUGAGGCGAAUGGGGAUGUGAUCACUCUAUCCAAUGGUGUCACAGUGAGACCACAAAAUUUGAAAGUGAAAAUAACUCCAUUAGAAUAA